UAUAUACGAUGAUAGAUUAAUGCAAUGCUUUUACUAUAAAGGAGAACUUUGCACCCCUACUCAUGUCCACGGUGGUCUGCGUACCCACAACCUCCUGACCCGCAGCCCUGUGCMCUAUCAAAAUUCCACAUUGCCAUGUAGGCUACAGGACGAAGAACAGUUUSUCAUAUCUGAGGCUCUGCCUGGUCUGUCCAAGAAGUGCGGGUAAACGCCGUCCACUUUUGUUUUAAUUAUUAAUUUAGCUGUAGGAGAGGGUCUUCUUAUUUUUUUGCGUUCAGAUAGGGUUUAGGGAAACUAUAUUUUGCUGAAGGGAGGACCAUCCAUUUUCUACAGUGGACUGAUCUCGAAUAACCACCGGUGAAAGCAAAUCCCCCGGGUGGGUCUCUGCCAUAUUGCUUCCACUUCUCCAAUAUUUUGAAGAAUUAAGGAGAGGAGAGCUGAGGAGAGGAAAGCCCACGUCUUGAAUUUAAAGGUCUUGAACCAGAAUGGCAGGGAGUGUCUUCCUGCUCCUAUUAGCUGGGACCCUGCUCUGUGGGCUACUGUUCCACACAGUGAGCCAGAAUGAAGCUGGGMACAGGACCCGCACCAGGAGACCCAACUUCAUCAUCAUUCUGGCAGAUGAUAUUGGAUGGGGAGACCUAGGAGCCAACCAGCAGGCGGGUCAGAGGUCAAGCCAAACCCCUCAUCUGGAUCUGAUGGCCCAGCAAGGAAUGAGGUUGACAGACUUCCACUCCCCAGCCUCCACCUGCUCCCCGUCCCGUGCUGCUCUSCUCACAGGCCGACACGGCCUGAGGAACGGGGUCACACACAACUUCGCUGUGGGGUCUGUGGGUGGGCUACCCCUCUCUGAGACCACCCUGGCCGAGAUACUGCACCAGGGUGGAUACUACACAGCCAUGAUCGGUAAAUGGCAUCUAGGGCACAAUGGUCCGUACAGUCCCACCAACAGAGGUUUUGACUACUACCUGGGGAUCCCAUACAGUAAUGAUAUGGGCUGUACAGACCUGCCUGGUUAUGACCUGCCCUCCUGCCCUCCCUGUUACCCCGGACCACAGAUACUACACAACAGAUUGAAGAGGAGUGGUUACAGCAGCUGUUACACCAAAGUGGCUCUGCCUCUGUUUGAGAACAGGACCAUUGUAGAGCAGCCUCUGGACCUGUGGAGGCUAACACAGCGAUACACAUCCACUGCACUCAAUGUCAUACACACAGCCAGGGAACGGGGACAACCUUUUCUGCUCUAUGUAGCUCUGGCACACAUGCACGUCCCCCUGUCCCCCCCUUCCUACGCCCCCCACCCRUCAGAAGGCGGUGUGUACGCUGCCAGUCUGCGGGAGAUGGACGGUCUGGUGGGGGCAAUAAAGAAUGCCUCUGAUGCCUCAGACAAGGAGAACACUCUCAUCUGGUUCACUGGUGAUAAUGGCCCCUGGGAGCAAAAGUGCCAGUAUGCAGGAAGUGUGGGUCCUUUCCUGGGGAAGUGGCAGACCAGCAGAGGUGGGGGCUCUGCCAAGCGGACCACUUGGGAGGGGGGGCACAGGGUGCCCACAGUGUCCUACUGGCCUGGCAGAGUACCAGCCAACAGCACCAGCUCUGCCCUGCUCAGUGGUCUGGAUAUCUUCCCCACCCUCCUCUCCCUAGCUGGAGUGAACCCCCCAUCAGACAGACGCUAUGACGGUAUCGACGCCACAGACGUCCUCCUACACGGCAAAGAAACAGGAAAUGAGUUCCUCUUCCACCCCAACAGUGGCGCGGCAGGGAAAUAUGGGGACCUGCAGACCGUCAGACUGGGGCGCCACAAGGCCUUCUACAUCACGGGUGCGGCUGAGGCGUGUGGGGGGUCUACAGGGAGGCAGGAGCUCCACGACCCCCCUAUGAUAUUUGACCUGUCUGGGGACAAGGGCGAGGAGACACCCCUGGACCCCACCACGGAGGAGUACAAGGAGGUGGAUGAGAGGGUGAGGAGGUGGAGGGAGGCACUGCUCUAUGACAUUGCCACUGACCAAUCAGUGUCCACGGCCGACUACGCCACAGACCAAUCAGCAGCCCCCUGCUGUGACCCCCGGCACACAGCUUGCCGCUGCCACACCCUGGGCUGAGGACACACACACAUUCAGUGUUACACAGUUUGACAUUCACAGAAAGACCGACUGAUACGCAGACACACACACACGCUUUAGUUUUUGUCCAAUAAUUGUUUGCUCUUGGAGGUAUGUGCGUGCCAAUGGGAAUGUAGAAAUCACAGACCUGUAGCCUACAUCUGGGUUCAUGUAAACAACCCCAGAGAACAACCAGAAACAUCCGCCAGAGUGAAGAAGAAAAGCAAAUAGUAUCAAGCCUGUUGUGAGGAGGCCGUACUGUGGGUCAUUCUCCUGGAGGUCAGUACUGGGGAUUGGCUGAGACACAUUGCUCACUGCUGCUCUGAGGGGAAACAUGGGAAGACAGCUGCUGUUGCGUAGCAAGGACAAUUCACCGUAUUAUUACCAAUAUUAAGUGUUUUCCUGUACACAGGCUUUUUGUACAGUUAUAUAACGGAGGCUUCUGGGUUGCUCUAGCACUCUCUGGUGGGGAGUAUAUGACCAUGCAAUAAGUAGAAUGCAGUUGCCAAUACACUGAUCUAAGACCAGUUUAGUUUUGUCCCACGAAUAACUUCACUUUAACGCAAAAUCAAAACAURCAAAGAACAUGAGUGUUCUUAAAGCUCCACCCUUUGGCAAGUCAGUCACAGGAUCAUAACAAUAGGUGUGCUAUUUACAUACUAUAUGUAUAAAUGUAUAUAUACACAAACAAUAAAAAAAAAAAAAACACUUUCCACCAAAACCACUUAAGACCUAAUGUAUUGAUGAAUAAUACUAAUUUCAUAUUCCAAAAGAGUAUUUAGUACAAGUCAACAUAAUUUUUUUUACAAAGUAAAAACAUCUGUCAUAUCUGAAAUGUUACAAUAUUCAAUAUUAUGUAGUCAAUGGUGUUAAUAAUGAAAUCAAUGAAAUAAAAGGACCUGUACGAUCCUAUAA